AUGGCCUACGCCUAUCCGUACCGUUUGUUUGCAAAGAUCCAGAAAUUCGUCACAUAUUAUUAUUGUGUCUCGUCUGCGUUCGUUCUUCUCACCAUUUCAGUGGAACGUUAUUUCUUAGUCUGCAGAGCGACGAAGGCACAAAUGACCUCAACCCAGGCACGACUUCUCGUCGGGAUCAUAAUAUUCAUCUCCGGUCUUUUGGUCAUCCCCGUUACAGUUUCUUUCGACAUGGCCUCGCUAUCGCUGACCCCUAACGUGACGAUUACCCAGUGUUAUUUCCGUCACACUCCAUUGGCCUGGGCCUACUAUGUGUCUUUGUUUCCAGCAAACUUGACCAUUUUGAUCCUAAUGUUCAUUCUCUACUACCAAGUGGAAAAACAGCUCGUCAACAUUUGCCCCAAAGGACAGUCAGAGACCUCGACAGAGCAACAGCCGAUCUCGAUACAAUUCGGGAUUUGUCUUCAGAAGGAAACUCACUCGUACUAA